AUGGAGAAGGCGCACCAAGUUCUUCAUGAUAUCUUUGGGCACAGCAGCUUCAGACUGGCCCAGGAGUUGGUCGUCCACCGACUUCUCGUUGAUAACGACAAUGCCCUUGUUCUUUUUCCGACUGGUGGCGGCAAAAGCUUGACGUACCAAGUACCUGCAUUGUGCCUGGACGGACUCACUCUGGUGAUCUCGCCCUUGAUCGCACUCAUGAAGGAUCAGGUCGACUAUCUGGUCGGGCUGGGUGUCAAGGCUGCGAGUUUAGAUAGUAGCUUGACGGGAGAUCGAGCUGCCUGGGUCAAGCAAGAGGUAAUGUCCGGACAGAUGAAAAUCCUGUAUGUUGCCCCGGAAAGGCUCAAUAACGAAGGCUUCGUGGCCAUGAUGAGCCGAGUUAAAAUAUCAUUGCUUGCUGUUGACGAGUCUCAUUGCAUCUCUCAAUGGGGUGCAAGCUUCCGCCCAGAAUAUCUCAAGGUCGCGCGCUUUGCUGAGGAAAUGGAUGUUGAAAGAGUCCUUUGUCUUACGGCAACAGCUACACAGAAUGUAUGCAACGAUAUUUGUCGUCAGUUCUUGAUAGAUCCGACGGACGGCGUAAUUAGGAGUCCAAUGUUUCGACCGAACCUGCAAUUUCGGGUGCAAGUUGCCGCAGAUUUGAACGAAAAAGUGGCCAAGAUCGUCCCAAUGCUCGAGGCGAGGACAGGACCGGCAAUCAUAUAUGUCACACUUCAACGACAUGCUACCGAGGUUGCGGACAAACUCAGGGUUCAUGGAUUGCAGCCUCUAGUUUAUCACGCAGGCCUGGCAUCUGAAGAACGGCGAAGAGUUCAAGAAGAAUUCAUGGACUCUGAUGAUGCAGUCGUCUGCGCGACGAUCGCUUUCGGUAUGGGAAUCGACAAGGCUAAUAUUCGUCAGGUUAUCCACCUGUAUAUGCCGAAAACUAUCGAGGGUUACAGCCAAGAAGUCGGAAGAGCUGGUCGUGACGGACUACGAUCGACUUGCUUGAUGAUUCUCUCAGCCCCAGAUAUUCCCAUUUUGGAGGGAUUCUGCCGAGGAGACACUUGUUCAAAGAAAGACCUCCAGCGCUGGCUAGAAGAAGUUGCUUCCAAGGUUCCAGACGUCGACGGGACCAUUUUCUUCAACUUGUAUACCCAAGCCAAAGAGUGUAGUAAUGUCUUAGGUCUCUCGUAUGCGUCCUUGGAGCUUGACUACGGGUUCAUCCGGGCUGUCACUCCCUUCUAUGCUGUUUACGACAUCACCCUUCGAGGCGGCGACUUCAAUAAAGUCUUGUUGGACAAUUCUGCUGCUGCGAAGGCGGUACGUGGUGCAUGGGUUGCGAAAGCGGGCGGUUACCAGAUUGAUAUGGUCAACGCUGCCGCUACGUCUGGAAUCGACCGAGGAGUGAUGGCGAAGCUUAUCAAUACUUGGGAACUAGACGGCCUGGUAACUGUGAAGGCAUCCCAAGUCAGAAACCCGCUCCCGAAGAAUGCGGCUGAGGUAGAAAGGCUUGCAAGCGAAAUGCAUGCCAAGAUGGUUGAUCGAGAGGAAGAAGCUAUAAAAAAGCUUCGCCAAGUCAUCGAAGUAGCCACAGCGGAAGAAUGUCUAGCGUACGCUAUCGCCGAGUAUUUCGGUGACGCCGCGGCCGUCCCCGAAGGGCUAUGCGGGAUGUGCACUUUCUGUACGACCGGAGAGAGCGUUACAUUCGAUUCAGUCGCGAAGACAAAAACGGAUCCGAAGAAGGUAAAAGCGGUUUUGGAGGCAUGUCCCGACAGGGAUGAUCCACGAAUGCUCGCACGUAUGGCCUUCGGGAUAACGAGCCCAAGGUUAGCAUACCAGAAGCUCUCCACGGGCCAUCCGCUCUUUGGUUGCAUGGAUGACGUCGACUUCAAUUCGCUGGUAACCGCGUUCGAGAAGGAAUGCGCUGCGGCACAAUAUGAGAGAGGAUACGCGAGUAAUGAGGCGGGCGGAGGCAAGCGGUCUGAAGCGGGUGGCCGAAGCGGUGUUCGAAGCGGGUGGCCGAGCGGUCUGAAGCGGGUGACCGAGCGGUCGUAG